AUGCGAAAAUAUGCAGUAGUGCAGCCAGGAGGAGAUGUUCUAUUCUACAGACAGAUUCUGUUGCUAUUCUCAUGCAGCUAUGAACAGGCACCCUACCAUCCUGAAGGGCUGGAGCUGCAGGAAAAGUUUUCCCAGGGGGUGAACCACCAAGAGAGGGACGCUCUAGGGGGUGAAGUGAGGGCUCCGAUAGUGGUGAGCCAGGGAUUGAUGGGGAGGGUGUGGGAAAGGUUGAUAUUUAAGAGAAUACCUAAAAUGGGCUAUGUUUUGGGUGUUGUGGAGAAGUUCCCACACCUGGCAGCUCGUGCAAGAGCUGCAAGGCUUGCAAGAAAAGCUCGAACAUCCUCCAAUAAUGUGUGUCCGCCUCAUGGUGCACCAUCAGUCCUCUCACCAGAGUCGCCACCCAUUGCAGCUGAAUCCAAGUCCGAGUCUGAAUGUGGGUACAAUGGUGGUGUCAACUUCAUAUGGUCGGAGCCUGACUUGCAUACUGCUGGUGAACACAAGCCCUCUGACAAUGAAAGGAUGUCAGACGUGGAUGAAAGCUUGGAGGAAUUGGAAGGAACGGACCUGGAGGAAAAUCUGAAGGCUCUCAGAGAUGAUGUCAAAAGCGGCGUGAAAAGUGGAUAUGCGAAGGUAGCUGCACCCAAAACUAUUGAGAUCUGGCAAAAGGCAGACACUUGCUGCCACAAGCACAUCCUCGAGCUCCAGGCUGACUUUCAAGAACAAAAAUCCCUGGUGCAAUAG